AUGCAUUCUCAGGUCACACACCAGCAUCUAUACAACCCACACAGGUCUACACUCUACAUUGUAGUCUUGACGUUGAUACUCGGGGCCUUACAACUGGCAUGGUCGACAGAGUUCUCUGAGGCUACUCCGUUUCUCCUCUCGCUAGGUAUAUCCAAACGACUGCUAUCCUUGGUGUGGCUAGCCGGCCCUUUGUCCGGAACUAUCGGACAGCCCAUAGUCGGUAUGCUCAGUGACCGGUGUAUGUUCUCAUAUGGUAAGAGGAGAGUCUUUAUACUUAUUGGCUGCAUAGCUACAGUGAUGUCAUUGAUUGCAUUGUCUCAUUCAGUUGAAAUAGUUGAAACCUUGUUGCUUCCAUUUGAUGUUUCCAAAAGCAAAGUCAACCUUGGAAUCAUAUGUUUUGCUUGUCUGGGCAUAUAUGUCUUGGACUUUUCUAUUGCCAUUAUUCAAACAUCCAGCAGGGCACUUAUCGUGGAUGUGGUUCCGACCGAACAACAGCAAAUCGCUAACGCUUGGGCGGCAAGAAUGAUUGGCAUCUUCAACUUGGUUGGUUUUGCAAUUGGUGCGUUGAAUUUGAAGAAGCUCUUCCCAAUGCUAGGAGAUAACCAGUUCAAAGUCUUAAGUUUGCUAGUUUCCUUAAUCAUGUUUUCCAUUACAUGCUUUUGCUUGUAUUUUAUUGAAGAAAGAAACCCCCAGACCGAUCUAACCCUAAUAGCUCAAAGACAGGCCCAAGAUGAGGCACUGAAAAAUUUGGGAGUAGAUCCACGUAGCACCACAAUACCUUUACAGUUACUCAAUUUUUUCCGACAAAUUUACUAUGCCUUCAAAUCGGUUCCCUUGCAAGUGAAAACGGUGUGUUAUGCUCAAUUGUUUGCUUGGAUUGGAUAUUUCCCCCUAUUAUUUUACACCACUUCAUAUGUCGGUGAACUUUAUUUAUAUGAAAAGGGAUAUCCGAAUCCUUCACUUAUUCCUCCAGAAAAGAAACAAGACCUACUAGAUCAGAGUACAAGAGUAGGGACUUAUGCAUUGUUGGCCAACUCAAUCGUAACGUUGGUACUCGUUACCUUCAUUCCGAGUUUAUUGGAAAGUUCAAAUUCCAUGCCAUUACUAAGGGAGAAAUUUAACCUACGCUCACUUUGGAUUUAUUCUCACAUGGUAUUCUUCAUCUGCACCUUCUUCACUUUCUUCAUUAAUUCAUAUAAACAGGCAAUAGUGCUGUUUGCAUUUACAGGUAUACCAUGGGGUUGUGCGGUCUGGCUUCCAUUUGCUUUGAUCAGUGAAGAAAUCAGUCGGAUCAAGGAUAUCAGGGCAAUUCAAAUAUCAAACAGCCAAUCUACGAGCACAUCAUCCGCUACUGUUAUUGAGGAUGAUGCUCCUACUAUUAAUGACUAUAACGUGAUUUAUUGUAAGCAAAUACUCAUUGAUUAUUACAGUAAGGUUGAGUAUGAUUCUGGAAUUUUACUUGCCUUGCAUAACGUUUUUGUUUCUGCUCCUCAAAUGUUAUCAUCGUUUAUGUCCUCUAUUCUGUUUACCUUGUUUCACAAUUCCAAAAACACAAAUACUUAUGACCCAUCCCUUGCUUGGGUAUUUAGGUUUGGGGGCUUAAUGGCACUAGGUGCUUGGUUUAUCAGCAGAAGGGUUAAAACCCCAUCUCAAUUAUAUAGCAAAGAUAAACUGAUGGCGAUAGAAUCUGGAUUUUAA